UAAUUUCUCAAGUAUUUGGUCAUCAUAUUGAGAGUCGGCAUUAUAUCAGACAGGAAAAUGAACAAUGAAGAAAAACGAUUUAACCGAGAAGAAGAGGAUGAGGAUGAGGAAAGUGGGAGAGGUCGAGAAGCGUGGGAAAGAACUUAUGCAGAUGAACGAUCAUGGGAGUCUUUGCAAGAGGAUGAAUCUGGACUCCUUCGUCCAAUUGACAACAAAACUCUAUCCCAUGCUCAGUAUCGCCGACGUCUCCGCACUGCAACCGCUGCCCGAGUUCAGAAGGGCCUGAUUCGCUACCUUUACAUUAUCAUUGAUUUCUCCAGGGCAGCUGCAGAAAUGGAUUAUAAACCAAGCCGAAUGGUUGUAGUUGCUAAGCAAGUGGAGGCGUUUGUAAGAGAAUUUUUUGAUCAGAAUCCCCUCAGUCAGAUUGGCUUGGUGAUCUUGAAAGAUGGAGUAGCUCAGUGUUUAACAGAUCUUGGUGGCAGUCCGGAGGCUCAUAUCAAAGCAUUGAUGGGUAAAUUGGGGACGUCAGGUGAUGCAUCCCUUCAAAAUGGCCUAGAUCUUGUGUGUGACCUCCUAAAUCAGAUCCCAUCAUAUGGUCAUCGUGAAGUCCUUAUCUUGUAUUCUGCUCUUAGCACAUGUGAUCCGGGGGAUAUACUCGAAACCAUCCAGAAAUGUAAAGCGUCUAAGAUAAGGUGCUCAGUAAUUGGUCUCUCUGCCGAACUCUAUAUAUGCAAGCAUCUCUGCCAAGAGACUGGUGGAAUGUAUUUUGUUGCGUUGAUGAGCCUCAUUUAAAAGAGUUGGUAUUAGAGCAUGCCCCACCUCCUCCAGCAAUUGCAGAGUUUGCUGUUGCAAAUUUGAUCAAGAUGGGAUUCCCCCAAAGAGCAGCAGAGGGUGUUAUUUCAAUUUGUUCAUGUCAUAAAGAGGCUAAGGUUGGUGGUGGAUACACUUGUCCGAGAUGCAAAGCACGCGUAUGUGAGCUGCCUACUGAAUGUUGUAUCUGUGGACUGACCCUUGUGUCUUCUCCACAUUUGGCAAGGUCAUAUCACCACCUGUUCCCAAUAAGGCCAUUUGAUGAUGUUUCACCUUCACUUCUGAAAGAUAUUCACAAGUUACCAAAGAAUUGCUUUGGUUGCCAGCAAAGUCUCCUAAAUCCUGGUAAGAGCAGUCUUCAAGCUUAUUUUCAAACUUGGAACUGUCAAGUGGUAUAAGAGUCAUGUCAAAGCGAGGAACAUCCGUCUUUUCUGUUUUCUCUGAAGAUUGUAUUGUAAGUAACCAAUAAAAGCCAAUCUGAAAAUGAAGCACCCAGUCACAUAGGAUAUCUAUAAAAACAUUUGCUUUUUUUUU